GGGAGCAAAUCUCAAAUCCGUUUAAACGAACUCUCGCGAUAGUUCCAAACACAUGGCUGCCUACUUGUGUUUACAACUUCUCGAGGAGCUGUAAGCGGCACAGAAGUUCCCUGCAAAGAAGACGUCGACUUGUAUUUGGGGGCUUGUCUUCUUCGCUUGUGUGAAAACUUUUGAAGCCGCAAAGAGGGAAAAGGACACGAAGCUCAGCGUCAACGGUCAGAAGAGCUACAGCAGUUGGGUGAUGUCCUCAAACCCCGACAGACUCAGCCGUCCACACUGCAGGAGGAAGCACUAUCCCAGUAGCACUUACCUCACCCACGUCUGACAGCCACCCGCCGGACUGCAGGCCUCAAAACGCCGGGAGGAGGACCGAUAAAGCCAUGUCCGAUUCAGCCGAAGGUGGAGAGAGCGGAGGCGUGGCGGCCGGUGGGCAGGACUCUGAAGCAGACGGCGAGCCCCCUCAACAGGUCCCGCCUCUACUCUGUCAGUCUGAGCUGGUGGAGCAGGAGACCCCAGAGGACGAGGUUCCACCAUCAGCCAAGCGUUCCAGGAUGAGAGAGGAGGAGCAGGAAGAUGGAACACCAACAGAGUCUGGAUCUGCACAGGAAGACACAUCCACACAAACAACACAUGAGUUACAGCAACCUGAGGGGGAAGAUCAGAGAAACGAAGAUGUAGCAGAAUGCCACCAGAACGGAGAUGGAGGACCAGAUGCUGCAGAAGGAGAGGAGACGAGACGAGAGGAGGAGUGCGAUGGCGACGGAGCAGCAGGACAGCACCUCGACCUGGAUUUUACCCAGAAUCCCUCAAUGCUGACCGGUUCCUGGACGGAGUACUCCAGCUUUCCAGAGAAUUACCUGAAGGGCUGCAAAUGGGCCCCCGAUGGUUCCUGCAUCCUGACUAACAGCGCCGACAACGUCCUCCGCGUUUACAACCUCCCUCCAGAGAUUUACAGCUACAGCUGGGACUCCAUCCCUGAGAUGAGUCCUGUGCUCAGGAUGGCUGAAGGAGACACCAUCUACGACUACUGCUGGUUCCCGAAGAUGAACUCGUUGGAGCCAGACACGUGUUUUCUGGCCAGCAGCAGCCGCGACAACCCGGUGCACGUUUGGGACGCGUUUUACGGCAAGGUGCGGGCCAGCUUCCGGCCCUACAACCACCUGGACGAGCUGACGGCGGCGCACUCGCUCUGCUUCUCGCCCGACGGAGAGCAGCUGUACUGCGGCUUCGAGAAGAUGGUCCGAGUCUUCUGCACAGAGCGACCGGGCCGAGACUGCGAGGAGCGCCCCACUGUGGUGAAGAAACGAGGCCAGAGCGGCAUCAUCUCGUGCUUCGCCUUCAGCCCGUGUCAGUCGGUCUACGCCUGCGGCUCGUACUCCCGCUGCGCCGGCCUCUACUCCUGUCAGGACGGAGCCCUGCUGGCGCUGCUGCCCACCCGCCACCACGGAGGCCUCACCCAUCUGCUCUUCUCCCCCGACGGCAACUACCUGUACACCGGCGGCCGCAAGGACCCAGAGAUCUUGUGCUGGGACCUGAGGGACCCGGGGAAAGUCGUGUUUUCCCUGAAGAGGAACGUCGCCACUAACCAGCGCAUCUACUUCGACCUGGACCAAUCAGGCAGACACCUGCUGAGCGGAGACACGGAGGGAGCCUUGUCCGUCUGGGACACUCAGACGGCGCCCCCCGAUGGAAACGAAGAGCCGCUGCAGCCACAGAUCCGCUUCCAGGCCCACUGGGACUGCACCAACGGCAUCAGCGUUCACCCCUUCAUGCCGAUUCUGGCCACCUCCAGCGGGCAGCGGCAGUUCCCCUGGCCCACCGACAGCGAGGGUGAGGGCGACUCUGACACCGAGGGGGGAGGAGGAGGAGGAGGAGGAGGAGGAGCAACGCUGCAGCAGGAGGUCCGGCAAGACAACGCACUGACGCUGUGGUGGGCCGGACCGCUGAGUCCACCCGCUGAGGAGAGUCAAGACCAGAACGCUGCAGCUGCGGAGACCUCAAGUGUCCCGUUAGCUUGACCAGACAGAGCACACAGACGGUGCUACACCUUUGAUAUCUUUAGUUUUCUUAAACUUUAAUAUCAUUUGAUUCAGUGUUUCGGUUUUGCUCUUGAGCACAAAUAAUCAGUCCUGUGUUUUCAUUUCAACUGUGUUUGCACACGCCAAGUCCAAAUCAGUGAAGAACCACGACUCCUAUACAUUUUUAUUAAUGGAUGGAUGGUUUUCCAGACUUUAAAUUACUUAUAAAUUCCUAACCUUUCCAGAUUUGUGUGGAACCCUGAAUCCAACAUAUCAAACCUGAUAACUCUGCAGUCUUUGUAGUUCAAGUUUCAUCAGGUUGGACCAAAAUCCAGCUCAGUUCAGAUAUAAUCCAGGUUUUAAUAAAAACCAGUUGGCGUUUUUCUUGUCAUUUUAAUCCAGACGUCUGCUGCUGGAACCGCUUGAGUCCUCAGUGACGGCUUGUGUCUGUUUCGGUGUGUGUUUCCUCUGACCGGACGGUGCUGUAACCGUGGGAGUGUUUGUUUGUGUGUGUUUGGCUCCAGCGCUGCCCUUGGAGAUUGCCUCUCUGCCACAGUAACAAUAAGUGCCAUUUGUUUCCCCGACCUUUGCUUUUAUAAACCCAGAGUCUGCUGUUUUUUCUUACCGUGUCCUUUGUGAGGCGGCCGGCGUACCGAGCCGUGUCGCGCCUCAUGCCCACAGAUGUAUAUUUUUGUAACGCUGUGCUGAUUCUCUGAAUGUCCCGUCUUUGAGCGGCCAGCUUAACUCUCGCUACGCUCUGUGAAAGUCUUUAAUAAGUGGGUGCAGCUGCUAAACGAGUGUGUUAUUUUUUCUACUGUUUGAAUGCGUGUGUGUGUGUGUGUGUGUGUGUGUGUGGGGCAACUGAGAAACACAAAACUGGUUUGAAGGAGUGAUUUCUCUCCAUUUCUGUCGCCGGUGUGAGGGUUCGUGUUGCUGCAGGGCUCCUGUGCUAUCUAUCCAACAUAUGCCUUUUUAUUAUCACACACUUAGAAAUUAAUCAGUUUUUAACGCCUCCGCACUUCUUUAAACUCGUACCUGUUGCCAAGCAUUAUUAUUUCCACUCAGUGAUAAUACUACACCAAUUGAUUCCCUACCAAGGAUCAUUCAGAACCAUGCGGGGCUUGACGAUGCCAAACAAGUCUCUGGGUAGAUGUCUCUGAUGCUUUAAUCCAAGCUGGAGUGAAUUAAACUCGUAUCGCCUCACACUUGAUUCACUGACUCGUUUUUUCCCCCGUCAGAUCUCCUUCAGAGAUCUUAUGAAUACAAGACGAUGCUCUGAGCCUGAAGGGAGCCUGGUUUAUGAGCCGCCCCUCCUCUCCGACGGACACACACUCGUGCAUCUGAUCAUCUGGAGCAGCGGGGACUCGCCGAGCAGAAGCUGCAGGCCGGGUGUUGUUGUGUUGUGCAGGUUGCUUAGCGAUCGUCUCUCCGCCUCGGGAAAGAGAGACGAAACGAGAUGGAGAAAUAUUGGGGAGGGGGGCGCAGGAGAAGAGGGGGGGAGGAAGUGAAAUGAUUGAAAGUCGUUCCUCAAAAAUGUAAUAACUGGCUGCUCAGGAAGUGUGGAAGAAAGUUCUGUAAUGAAGGUUUAGUAGCAAGAUUUAGGUGUUUAAAUCUGCCGUCCCUGUCUGGUUUCUUCACAGCAUAAACAAGCUGUAAUAAUCUAAAGAGGGACGUGUGUUAGCAAAAUGAUUUACUGUAUUUAUAGAGGCUCUUACAUUUAUAUCUGAUUAUUAUUUCUUUAAGGACAUUCCACAAAAGUACAAUGUUGAAAAAAUGUUUCUUAAAUUAGUUUCUGUUCAGACAAACAUCGCUUUAGAUUCUCAGCAUAAAAAAAUAAGCACUUUUCAGAUCUCUCCAUUUUUAGUCUUUUGUCCGAUGUGCGACACCUGGACGUUAGAGAAAAUGGGCAGGAGUUCUGCUGCCCCAAAGCCAGAACUGUGGUCCCAAAGCCAAAAGCAAUAAAACAAGAUAUCAUUCA